UCGCUUGUAGAGGAUUUACUCAUUUGUGAACCCUUUUGCUUCGCUUCGCCUUCAAUUUCCGUCGGCGGCCGUGUGCUCAUCCAAACAAAAAAUACUCUCUUAAAACCCCUUUAGCCUCUGCUUCGAACCCAACAGUGGACACUCCUCUCUCUCGUUCUUCACAUUUAUGGUUCAAAUAUGGCGAACAAAAGGCAGAAAUUAGCUCGCAAGCAAUACAAAGAAGCACACCCCGAGCUGUUUCCAACCCCACAGCUAACCCCAGCAAAAGACCCAGACAAGAAGAAGAAGAAGAAAAACAGCAAGUUUAAGCGCAAAAGAGAAGGAUCCAAAGAGCUUAAAAGCCCCAAUAAUGGAUAUAAGAAAGGGAUUAGGAAACACCCACUUAGAGUUCCUGGGAUGAGGCCUGGUGAAAGUUGUUAUAUAUGUAAAGCUAAAGAUCAUAUUGCCAAGCUUUGCCCUCAAAAAGCUCAAUGGGAGAAGCAUAUGAUAUGUUUGCACUGUCGUCAACGUGGACACAGUUUAAAGAACUGCACUGAAGUAAUGGAUAAAAAGACUUGUUACAACUGUGGAGAAGCUGGACAUUCGCUUUCAAAAUGUCCUCAACCUCUUCAAGAUGGUGGUACUAAGUUUGCUCAAUGUUUUGUCUGCAAGGAAGCUGGACAUUUGAGCAAGAACUGCCCCAAAAAUACUCAUGGAAUCUAUCCAAAGGGUGGUUGUUGUAAAAUAUGUGGUGGAGUAACACAUUUGGCCAAAGAUUGUCCCGAUAAAGGCAAAAGAGCAUCUAUUUCUGCUAGCAGAGAAGCGUUUGGAACCGGAGAAAGGCCUACAGGUAAAGCGAACGCGGCAUCUGGAAUGGCUGUUGAUGAUGAAUGUAAGCUAAAAUUUUUGGAGCUAAAGGCAAAGAGGAACUACCGCUACAUAAUAUUCAAGAUUCAGGACCAGCAAGUGGUGGUGGAGAAAGUUGGGAACCCAGGAUCUACCUAUGAGGAGUUCACUGCUUCUUUACCUGCUGACGAGUGUCGCUAUUCUGUCUUCGAUUUUGAUUUCACCACUGAUGAGAAUUGCCAAAAAAGCAAAAUCUUCUUCAUUGCAUGGUCACCCGAUACAUCAAGGGUGAGGAGUAAGAUGGUGUACGCUAGCUCAAAAGACAGAUUCAAAAGAGAAUUGGAUGGGAUUCAAGUCGAGUUACAAGCAACGGAUCCUAGUGAAAUGAGCUUCGAUAUUAUAAAAGCCCGGGCAAUUUAAACGCUGUUACUUGCCUACUCUUCUUCUCCCAAAAAAAAAAAAAACAUUGAUGUCCUUGUUUCAAGCAUUACCAUUUCGGAAUAUCCCAUUAUUUGUGUUCUUAAGAAAAAUUAUUGUCUGAAAAUCAUUCAUUUUCUGCUGUGUGGCCUUGUUUUGUUGUUUUAUG